UAUAAUAGGUAAGUAUUCACAUUGUAAGUAAAUUGAAAUGUUAUGUAAUACACUAUUACAUGAUGAACUAUAAUUAAAAGGUUAAAUAACAUUAUGAAAAUAAUAUGUACAUUUUGUAUUAUAGAAUAUGAACUGGGAUGAUUUGUUUAUAAAUGUGAAUAAUUUUGUUUGUAUUCUGGAAGUAUGUGUGUAAACAGAAGCCUUGCCAUUUUCAUUCGUGUUAACAUUGCUUAGCAUGGUGCAAAGUUCAAAUAGCAAGUGAUGUGCAUAUUUCAGCAGAGAGUUGCAAGCAUGAACCAGGUCCUUAGGUCAAGGGUCAAGUUCACAAUUAUAAGUCAAAGGUCAAAUUGAACAUAUUUUACAUGUGCUUUCACUUAGCCCUGAACAUAAUUUUGUUAUGGCUGGAUUUUCAAAUAGUUUGGAAGAAGUGAUAAGCAUGAUGGGACAAAAAGGUGAAAGUAAACAUAUUGUCAAAGAUAAAGUUUAAGAAAUCAGUUAUGAACACUUUGUCCUGAGCAUAACUAUGGCUAGCAUCUAUGGAUUUUGAAAUGUCUUGGCUUAAUUUAUUGUAAGCAUGAUCGGCUUGAGUGUGGUGCACAAGAUCCAAGCACCCAAGUCUGAGGAUAAGGUCAUGAUUCAAGGCUAAGGAUCCAGGUAAAGAAGUUAUUUAAGCACUUUUCCCAGAGCAUACUUUUGUCCAGUAUGCAUGGAUUUUUAAAUGACUGGGCAGAAGUGUUUGACAUGAUGAGUCCGAUGCUCCAGCUAGGAUUUGAAAAGGGCAUUUAUUUUUAUGUUAUUAAUAAUAAUUGUUAGAAUAUAUUAUUCCGAUUAUUAUUAAUCCAUCCAAAUAAAAUGUCUAUCAUGAGUUAUAAAUUAAUUACAAUGAGAUUUAUAAAUUAUCAUCUGUCAAAAAAAGAUAAUAUAAAUAAAAGGGCAAGGCGGGGCCUCGGAAGAGCAGGGCUGGGCUUUGGAAGGGCAAGGCGGGGCGCCCUUCCAUUUAGGCCUAGCUAGAGCACUAGAGUCACAGCGUCUUGCAAGAACCUGCAGGUCUCUAGGUCCAAUGUCAAGGCCACAAUUAAAGGGCGAAUUAAGAGAAAUUGAGCUAGUCAACUAUGAACGUUAUGUGAAGUGGUUGGCUGAGAAUAAAAGAGAUGUAGAAAACACAGUUCUGUUCAAAUUGUGCACAGAAGAAUCCCACCCUGAGACUUCAGCAUCAAACAGUGAAGACCUAAGCAGUGAAUUAGGAAAUUAUCCUCAGAGCUUCAUGGAACUUGUUGAAAUGAUUCAAAGGGGUGAAAAACUGCCGAACACUGAAGAUUUAGACAUUGAACCUUUGAAUAUUGACCCAACCCCUGCCAUUAGAGAACUGCCUUUAAAACCAUGGGAAAUAGAAAAACCAAGCUGAUGCAUUUCAUUAGCCAAAAAGCGGUGUUUUUACAAUUUAAGUAUAGGGUAAACACAGGUUUUUUAUAAACUUAAAAUUUGCUAAGCCAAUUAGUACAUAUCCAGAAAACAAAUUUGCAUCUUUUGUUGCAGAAACAAAAAUAAAAUUGAAAAUAAGGCAAUAUCCAAAGUUUGGCAAACUUGGUGAUAAGAUGUACAUAUAUAAGUGUCAAAUACAGAACUAUUGGUCUUGUAGCUAAAGUUAUCUAUUCAAAAACUACUUUCGCACAGACAAAGAGGAAAUAUUUUGACAAAUGACAUGCUGUUUCAUUCCACACAAGUUUGAAAUCCUUCAAUGUAUUAUGAGGUUCAGAGACGUUCAGGGAUGGACAGAUUGGUGGGAUUAUAUGACAGAGGCAAACGCCCUUGAUACAACAAAAUGGGGUUCCAUAUACCCUUAAUAAUCUACAAGUACUUGUUCUGCCCCCACUUUCAGAGGGUGAUUGGGGAUUUGCUCAUGUCUUUCUGCCCAUAUAUCAGUCUGUUGGAUGUUUUAUUAACCUGUAACUCAAAAACUCUAGGAAAGGACUACAACUUGCGCAGAUUCUUAUUUUGGUGUUGGUGUUUUAAACUUAACAGUAGUUGUGUUCCCUUUGUAUGAAAAAAACAUUGCAGCUUGUUUCAUGUGUAUCUAGUCUAUCAAGUCUUGUUGAUAGAGGGCUACAAAUCAACAAUACCAGUAUGUAACCUAGAGCACCUCCAUAUUUUUGUUUGUUUUAAUACAGGAUUUUUUGUUAACCCUUUACCACUAAGAAACGUAUUUUGACGCAUUUGUAGUCCCUUAGAAAGUUAAAUUUAACUAAAGACCUUUCUAACUAUAUUCAAGUUUUAAAAGCUUCAUUUCCAAACCUUAGAUACUGAUGAGCAGCAAACAGCAUAAAACCUGAAUAGAUUGCAAGUUACUGGCAGGCUGUUCUGGUUUUAUGCUGUUAGCCAUGUUCACUUUGCUUCUGAGUGGGAAAGGAUUAACUUAAGUAACAUAUUAACCUGCAUGUGAACUUUUGCAACUCAUUUUGUUCAGAUGUUCUUGAUCAAAGUUAUAGCCCUAUUUAAAAUAAAAUGGGCACAGUUUAUCGGAUCAUUUUAAAACUUAGUGAUAAUGCAUGUGAGCAUAAUAUUUCCACCAAAUUUGACCUGCAACCAUCCAGCCCGCCAGAUCAUUUGUUCGCCUGAAUUACGGGUCUUAAAUCAUUAACAAGAUGGCCCUAAUUCGCUCACCUGAGAGGAGUCGGUUCAUUCGAUCUUUACCUAAUGUCAAACUUGACCUAGAUAUUAACCAGACAAAUAUCCUGGUCAAGUUUCAUCAUUAUUGAUUAUCGAACCAAAACUCUGGCGUAGGUGGUGUUUUUGUUUUUGUAAGAUUUGAAAUGGUGACCUAUAUUUUUAGUUGACCCCCCUUACCAAACAUCAAACUUUGCUUACAAGGAUUUUUUAUAUUAUAAUGAAAAUUUGGACAAUCUAAGGGCAAUAAUUAUGGCAUUAAUUAUGUGAUUUGCUCAUCAUCAAACCUGACUGAGAUCUUUCAGCAACUUUGAUAAAGAAUGCUUGAGAAAUGUGAAUGCUAGAGUGUUUACAAACCAAUGUGGACGAACGGACAGCGCACUAAGACCAAUCCUAAAAACUCACCUGAUCAAUCAGGUGAGCUAAAAAGUGUGUUUCACCGAUCUGAGCCAUUUUCCAACUUGUCCAAGAAAUGACUAAAACCAAUGUAUUGACUAAGUUUCACGAUGAUUAGGCAAAAUAUGUGACUUCUAUAGUGUUCGAUCACAAGGUUUCUCUCUAUAUAGUAACAUUUUGAAUGGUGAAAGGUCAAGGUCAUCCUUCAAGGUCAAAGAUAUAGCUUCAAAGCGGCGCAAAAGGGGACAUAGUGUUUCCGACAAACACAUAUCUUGUUUUAAAUAUCAUAGUAAAAAGUGUAGAAUAUUUAUAAUAACAUGUUAUAUUUUUGUUGUUGUUUUUUAACAUAAGCAAUUAAUUUUUUAUUUAACAGUUUAAAUUUGAGUAAAGAAUUUGUAGUAGAAUGUACUAAGUAUAUGUUCAUAAAAAACAGUAUUAAAUCAUGGUUCACAUUGACCAUUCAAUGGUGCUGAUCCCAGAUGUCCUUAUUUUAUGUUUAUAGUUGGUAUUCUGUUAUAAAAGAAGUGGAUAAUAACAAUAAUUUCUCUUCUGAUAAGGUUUCUUCAGUUUCAGUUUUUGCUAUAUUAAUUAUUUUCUUACAACAGAUGCAAAAGGCCGAAGUUGAAGGAAAGGGAAGAUGUGAAAGAAAGCAUACCAGUAGAUGUUACUACAAUUUCCCAGGACCAUAAUUAUUACACGCAUGACUACAGGGCUUAUGAUGACAUUGAUGCUGAACUACCAACAAAAUCUAUUCAAGAGUUAGAAAGGGAGAUAGCCCGUCUAGAGGGUGAACUUGGCCGCAUGAAAUUGCGCCCAUCCAAAAUGUCGGUUCAGGACAUUAUUGGUGACAAUGAUAAGAUGCUGCUAUACACAUCUUUUCCUGUGGAUGUCUUCCAAGUCCUGGUGGGUGUUCUGAAGAGGUUAGCUCCUUUCAACUACUAUGCUGGCUGGACUGUUACCUGCUUCAGCCUAGAGGAUCAACUAUUAAUCACCCUUAUGAAAUUACGUCUGAAUUGUAAGGACUUAGAUUUGGCAGUUAGAUUUGAUACAAGCAGAGGAACUGUUUCGAACAUUAUAAAUACAUAUAUUUCUGUGCUUCAUGAAAUAUUGUUUGAAGGAAUUUUACUUAAAGUAGGAAUUCCAAGCCAACUCAAAUGCAAGGGAUCCAUGCCGAAGUCAUUUGAAGACUUUAGUUCUGCAAGAAUUGCAAUGGAUGCUACAGAAAUUGUGCAGGAUGUUCCUUGUAACAUGAACCAUCAAACACUUUCUUAUAGUAAUUAUAAAAGUAGACAUACUGUAAAAGCUGUUACAUGUGUUGCUCCAAAUGGUGCAUUAGUUUUUUGUUCAGAUCUUUAUCCAGGCUCUACAUCAGAUGCAGCUAUUGUUGAUCACUCGAAAAUAUUAGAGCAACUUAAACCAGGUGACUUGAUUUUGGCUGAUAAGGGCUUCAAUAUUUUUGAUAAACUUCCUGCUGGAGUUUCUUUAAACAUUCCUCCUUUUCUUUCUAGUAAAGGUCAUUUCACAAAAGAGGAAGCUUUACUUUGCUUCAAAAUUGGAAGGAGCCGAAUUCAUGUAGAAAGGGCAAACGAAAGGAUAAAAAAUUAUGAUAUUUUAGAUCAUAUUCCUGCACAAUACAGACAUUUAUCGACAAAAAUUUUUCAAUUGUGUUGUUGUCUUGUCAAUCUUCAGGCUCCUCUUUUAAAGGAAAUAGCAGAUAAAUAUGAAAUUGAUUCAAACUAGAGCUUUUACACAGUAAAAUUGACCCAAUGACCGAGUUUUUGACCCGGCACGGCCCAUGUUCGAACUUGACAUACACAUCAUCUAGAAAAAAAUUCUGACCAAGUAUGGUGAAGAUCGGAUGAAAACUACUUGAAUAAGAGAGCGGACAUCAUGCUGAAUGUUAAAUAACGCACAAAGUGACCCUAUGACCUAGUUUUUGGCUCAGCAUGGCCCAUAUUCAAACUUUGCGGCGAGAUCAUAAAACUUCUGACCAAGUUUGGUAAAGAUAUUGGAUGAAAACUACUUGAAUAAGAGAGCAGACAACAUGCUGAAUGUUUAAAACGCACUAAAUGGCCCAAUGACCUAGUUUUUGAUCCGGCAUAACCCAUAUUCAAACUUGAUCUAGACAUCAUCUAGAUACAACUUCUGACCAAGUUUGGUGAAGAUCGGAUGAAAACUACUUGAAUUACUUUGUGUACCUGAAAAAUUCCUUCAAACAAUAUUUCGUGUAAAUGAUGCUGUAUUCCUAAAUCUUUUUGUAAAAAGAAUGGAUUUAGUUGUGACUUGUAUGUACCAUAAAGAGUUGAUCCUCUUUGCUGAGGCAAGUUUCAGUCUAGCUAGCAUAGUAGUUGAAAGGAGCAAACCUCUUCAAACACUCUGAAGACAGUGUGGAUGAAUGGUUAUUACAUUUCAGUUGGCAAUUUGUAUUUCUAAUUUUAGCAUAUGCUUAUGCCAAUUUUAUAUGGAAUGCUUGUAUGCCUGUGAAUUUUUGUGUGUAUUGUUUAUAUCACAAAUCAUGCACAUUUGGUUGUUCUGUAUUUUUAUUCCAUAAACAUCUAACAGACAGAAAGUAUGACUGGUAUAUUCCACCCUAUCGGAGGCAUAGUUUGUAUUUCUAAUUUUAGCAUAUGCUUAUGCCGAUUGUAUAUGGAAUGUUUGUAUUUUUAUGAACUUUUGUGUGUGUUGUUUAAAUAACAAAUCAUGCACAUUU